UUCAUCUUCUCAAAGCGGCGGUGUUAGCAGUUCGUGGUAUUCUGUUUUAUUUUUUCAUUUAUUGGGCGCUGUUUGGCUAACCGAAUGGCGAAUUUGGAUCAGAAAUCCCCCAAUGUGCUUCUCCAGAGCCUCUGCUGCCGGAUCACUGGAAAGAGCGAAGCUGAAGUCGCCCACCAGUUCCAGUACGCCGUGCGAGUCAUCGGCAGUAACUACGCCCCCACUAUCGAAAGGGACGAGUUCCUGGUUGCAGAGAAGAUCAAGAAAGAACUGCUGAAGCAGAAGAGAGAAGGCGACGCUGCUCUGUUCUCUGAGCUGCACAGAAAACUCCAGUCACAGAGUGUCCUGAAGAAUCGCUGGUCUGUUCUCUACCUGCUGCUCAGCCUCUCUGAAGACCCCCGGAAACCAUCCAGCAGGGUGGGGAACUAUGGCGCCCUCUUCGCUCAGCCUCUCCCCAGAGAUGCCCUGUCUACCCCGUUCUACUGCACCCGGCCUCAGAGCCUCGCUCUGGGCUACAGCGAGAGAACCGCUGCCCUGUCGGGGAGCGUGGGCACCAGCGGCAUCUCCAGUCUGGGAGUCUACACCCUGAACGGACCCACACCGACGCCGCAGUCACUGCUGUUUGGUCAACCUCCUCAGUCUGCAGCGGCCGCCGCUGCUCAGCCUCUUGGCUCCCGUCUGGCGUGGACUCUUCCUGUCAGCUCCUCUCCGUCCUCCGCUCUGGCUCAGCCCGCCACUCGAGCGCCGCUCGGACCUCCACCCCCAGCUAGCAGAGCGGUCGCACCUCGCAGAGAUGGAGAGGUGAGUGAGGCGGCUCUUGUGCGGGACCUCCUCUACGUCUUCCAGGGAAUCGAUGGAAAGUUCAUCAAGAUGAACGCCCAGGAGGACUGCUACAAAAUAGACAGCAAGGUGGUGGUGUGUAAGCCCCACAGAGACCUCUGCAGCAGACUGUCUGAGCUCGGCUGGCUCCACAACAAAGUCAGAAAGUACACCGACACGCGGAGCCUCGACCUGGCCUUCGGACUCGUCGGACAGAGCUUCUGUGCAGCGCUCCACCAGGAGCUGAAGGAGUACUACAGGCUGCUGUCUGUCCUGCACUCACAGCUGCAGGUGGAGGACGAGCAGGGUGUGACCGUGUACACAGAGAGCACUCUGACUCUCAGGAGGCUCCUCGUCUGGACGUAUGACCCCAAAUUUCGACUCAAAAUGCUGGCUGCUCUUGUCGAUUUCUGCCAAGGUCGUAAAGGAGGUGAGCUGGCCUCGGCCGUCCACUCUUACACAAAAACAGGAGAUCCUCAGAUGAGAGCGCUGAUUCAACACAUCCUCAGCCUGGUGUCACACCCCAUCCUCAACUUCCUGUACCGAUGGAUCUACGAUGGGGAGCUGGAGGACACCUACCACGAAUUCUUUGUAGCAUCAGACCCCAACGUGAAGACAGAUCGUCUGUGGCACGAUAAAUACUCCCUCAGGAAGUCAAUGAUCCCCUCCUUCAUCACCAUGGACCAGGCACGAAAGGUCCUGCUGAUCGGUAAAUCCAUCAACUUCCUGCACCAGGUCUGCCAUGACAGAACGCCUCCUGGCAAAAUCACACCAGCGUCCACGUCUGCAGAUACACCCAAAGACGCUGCAGAGCUGCUGUCUGACCUGGAGGGGGCAUUCCAGGCAAAGAUUGACGUCGCCUACAAAGACACCAGUAAAUACCUGCUGGACGUCCUGAACAGAGACUACCUGCUGCUGGAGCACCUGCAGGCCAUGAGGAGAUACCUGCUGCUGGGCCAAGGAGACUUCAUCAGACACCUCAUGGACCUGCUCAAACCCGAGUUGGUUCGUCAGGCAACAACGUUGUACCAACACAACCUGACCGGUAUCUUAGAGACGGCGGUUAGAGCCACAAAUGCUCAGUUUGACAAUGCAGAGAUACUGAAGAGGCUGGAUGUACGCCUCCUAGAGGUGUCUCCAGGUGACACGGGUUGGGAUGUUUUCAGUCUGGACUACCACGUCGACGGGCCGAUCGCUACGUUGUUUACAAGGGAGUGUAUGGGACACUACCUGCGGGUGUUUAACUUCCUGUGGAGGGCAAAGAGGAUGGAGUACACGCUGACUGACAUCUGGAAAGGACAGAUGUGCAACGCCAAGCAGCUCAAAACAAUGCCGGAGUUAUCCGGCGUGCUGCAUCAGUGUCACAUCCUGGCGUCCGAGAUGGUCCACUUCAUCCACCAGAUGCAGUACUACAUCACCUUUGAGGUGCUGGAGUGCUCCUGGGACGAGCUGUGGAACAAAGUGAAGCAGGCUCAAGACCUCGACCACAUCAUCGCUGCCCACGAUGUCUUCUUAGACACCAUCAUCUCCAGAUGUCUGCUGGACAAUAACAGCAGGUCCCUGUUGAACCAGCUGAGGGCGAUUUUUGACCAGAUCAUCGAGUUUCAGAAUGCUCAGGACUCCAUCUACCGCUUGGCUCUGGAGGAACACACCCUCAGACUGCAGUUUGAGGAGAAGAAGAGACAAAGAGAGGAGGAGGGUGAGUGGGGAGUGACAGCCGAGCAGGAGGCAGAGGAGAAAAAGAGGAUCCAGGAAUUCCAAGAAACGACGAUACUAAAGAUGCGUGCCCAGCUCCGACUCCUCACCCACUUCUACCAGACCCUUGUCCAGCAGUUCCUCUUGUUGCUGAUGGAGAGUUCGGAUGAGAGUCUACGUUUCCUCAGCUUCAGGCUGGACUUUAAUGAACACUACAGGGCCAGAGAGCCGAGGCUGCGUGCCUCACUGGGCGCCACCCGAGGGCGAAGGCUGUCAAACAUCUGACUUGCCUCGAGCCAAUGGAGCACAGAGUAUAACAUCACACUGGGCAGUUGUGACAUCACAGAGACGGGCUGACCAGCAGAUUUUAAGCUUUGUGUUGUGAUGAUGUCAUGACCUGGAGGAGCAAAUCCAGCGCUGCUCUGAAUGUUCAUGUUCGGCAGGAGCAGCAGCCAUCGCCAAGUGAUGACAUCACAGCUGACCGUUCCUGUCAGCUGAGUGGGAUCAAGUUUCUGUGCAUUUUGGACAGUUUGCAGGAGUUCACCUGCAAUUUUUGGUAUUAAAAGCAAGAAACAUAGGGUGCCUAGGGCUUCCUUUUGCCCGUGUUUAUUCUGUGUAUUUGCCUCCUUCUCCAAUGGCACAGCACCACUUGUCAUCUCAAACUUUCAUUUCAAUCUCUGCAGCACUCCACAGCUCAAUAGGAUAUUUCUGUUUCUUCUAAAAGUUUGACUAAAGUGGCCGUUCUUUCUAAUCAGACAAUCAACGAACCACAGUCAGUCUAGCCUAACCCAAACCCUAUAGGAUUAAAAAGGUACCCUUACAGAAGGGUGCCAAGAAAGUAGGACGGCACUAGUUUGUUUUGGAGCCCUUUGGAACUUGUGCGAACUUUUGACUGUGGAAAUGCUUAAAAAUAUGAACCCAACUGCUUUUUUUAUGAGUAUGCUGGUGAAGAAAUCUCAAAAGUGUCUGUUCAAAUUAGAUAUCUAUACACUAAAAUACGUCCAAAAAGUGGGAUCCAGCUUUAAAAAGACCAGAAUCUCAUCUAAAAUGCAGACGUGUCAUCAACAGUUUGAGCUUUUCCGUCUCCAUGAGAUAAGUGUCACAUCAGAUAAAGAACCAAUCCUCACAACCACAGCAACCUCACAGCAUAAACAACAGGAACUAUAACAGUCCAGAUGUGUCUUUAUCAAAUGUAAAUAGUCCUCCAUGUUCAGAGAAUGUAAUGGUUACAUAUAUUUACUCUUCGGUUUAUUUUCUUACACAGAAGAGUGCUGUUUGUAGUGUUAUAGAGUGAGCUUUACUCCAUGUGACAUAGAAAAGCUAACACUAUCCAGGUUUGUAAACUACAUCAGUUUUUCCUGAUGGAUGACUGAGACCUUAAACUCAGAGUUUAAGUGACUCAAGUAUUUCCUCUCUGCAGCAGGUUCACCGAGUUAUGGAACAGCGUUGACGUUCUGGUUUUGCUUUCUGUGCUGGUUUUCUGUUGUCCAUGAAACAAAAUUGGUGCUGGAUUUUUCACUUGACUUGCUUUCUGACAGUUAUUCCCCCUCGUGUACACUUGUAAAAGAAAAAGAGAGAGCGUGGAUGAAUCUCGCUCUGCCCUCUUCCUCCUCCUGUCCUCUUUGUUGUACAGCACAUAAUGUAAAGAAUACAGGGAAACAAACCAUCCUGCUUCUUUAAUAAUAAAAUGUUUUUUAUUUA